GAAGCAAAAACUCAUUUGCUUUCAAAUCUACAUGAAAGUCUAUGAUAUCGCAGCUUUCAACAACAUAUCCCUUCCCCAACGACCACCCGGAACAUGGAUAAUCGAUAUAUGCGCAGAAACACUCGGAGCAGCAUGAGCGUCUGUGAUAUUGCCCGGGCGAUCAGGAAACACGUCUGCUAACUGUCGUCUGCUCCGGGAUAGCAGAAGACACUGAAAGGAUGAGGUAGCGGACCUUAUAACUGCCGCAAUGGAAAUACAUUGGAAUACUCGGUUGGGGUCUAGCGCGAUCAUACCGGCCGUGGUUUUAAUCCUACAGUUAUACAUAGAUGUGGUGUGGGGCAAAGAGUGCCUCAAGAACCAACAGCUGGGAAAAGUUACAGGGAACACCUAUCAGUGUGAGGAUGCAGCUAAACCAGAGUGCUGUGAACAAGACAAUUCUUUCACAUGUUGCGAGUCUGCUGCCAACAGAAAUUUGAUAGAACAAGUGCAGCUGUGGGGCAUCGUGAGCGCCAUCGCCAUCAUCAUCGGUGUCCUCCUCUUCUGCCUAUGCAAGGACGUCAACUACUGCGCAUCUGACAAGACGGUCAAAGAGAAGGUGCAAGAGGUAUUAUGUAGGCGCAACAAUAAACUGGAUGAUGCAAGCAAAUGCGACAGCGAAUACGACGACAUAAACACUGGUCCGUCAACGUCGCCGGUCACCAGUCUAUCAUCCAACGACCCUUCAACAAGGCCGACAACUGUCGACAAAAUGUAACUCAGAAGGGACACCAUUCGCGAACAAAGGGACAUAACUCGUGUAAAUAGUAAUGGCGACGCAGACAUUGUGUAAAACAAACACUUGGCCUAAGUUUUAAAAGGGUUGGCGAAAAGGAACUGCUCACACAAAGGAUUUAGCGCUUUUUAUUUUCAUCUGAAUACAAUAUUUUUGUUAUGGAAAAUAAGUUUCUUGAACAGGAGAGACUCUUACGAAAUGGGAACAGGGUUCAAACCUGCUUUUGGUAAGCCGGACGCCGAGUCCUGGAAAGUGGUAUUCUGGUGCAGUGCGGUGGGUGCCAUGAAAUGACUAUAUGAUGCUAAUAUUUCCAUUUUAUUUUUCGUCUUUUCUCCCUAAGAUUAUCAGCACACGUAGUCAUGCAUUCUAUGUGAAAAUCUCAGUUUAAUUUGCACUAAUAUGACUUCUUAAAUUGGAUGCCAAGACAAAUUAAGUAGUAUGCCGGGAUGCCUGGAGGGAGCGGGCUGGCACCCUCACAUCUUUCAAACAUUUAGACAUUGUAAUCUUUAAAGGGACUCCUUGAUUGUGUAUGGAUUGUGGGCCAAGCCUGGAAGCAAAUACCAUACCUAAUAUUUAUUUCACGACAGUGACACAUACUUGCCCGUAUGUUUCCAGGAAGUCACGUGAUACAUGGUUCUGAAUCUUGGAUGAUUCCAAAAUUGUUCUUGUGCUCUAGAUACUCAAAGAUAUCUGUGCAACUGUACUGUAUGAAUAACGUAUUGGAAUCGUUUGCAAGAUUAAACUUUGACUGAUCUUGGUGACAUUUGAUAACAUCAUUGACCGAACCAUCACGAUGUUGCAGAGGUCGAUCAAAUCUCUAGACUGACUUUACAAAGCAAAUCUCCCUAAGGCCAGAGAUGCGCACGUCAUUGCAGAGAGAUUGCGCAAAAGUAUUGAGAUUGAGUCACGUGCCGGAAAUGACGUAACAGUGAUGCAUAAUACUAACUGUUGACACCGACUCGCGCCUUACUUAUGUUGUAUAUCUUAUUGUUUCGUCGUCAUGGAAAACCUCGACUUCAUAUUGAUGCAAACCGUACUAGUGGUGGCUGGAAAAUAUACACUUUAACAAGUCAAAUAAAUGUUUAAUGUUCA